AUGGCAGACACACCUAUCAUUUUUAAGCGCAACAAGGCGAAGCAUGUUCAAAGAGCCAGAGAUGGCUCUCCAGAGGCACCUCAACAGACCACAGAAAUAAAUUCAAACGAGCCGUCAAUGAGCGUACUGUCCACGAAGUUGAAGAAUAAGGCCAAGCGAGGCUCGAAGCCGAAAACAGCGCUCAGUUUUGGAGGCGAUAGAGAGGAAGGAGAAGAGGUCUUUAAGGUCAAGAAAUCAAACCUCAGCCGAAAAUUGGUUCUUGGUCAAUAUCCAGCAUCUCUGGGGAAUCUCCCAUCCAAUUUAGAUCAAGCUUCAAUCUCCCCCCGCCCUGGUGGAGGGCCUAUAUAUGACCAAGCAUAUCUAUCUGAACUUAAAGCUCAAACUCCGGGUGCUCGCGCUUCCCUACCACCAGCCGAACGCUAUGAUGUAUCGAUGACGGAUGUCGACCCCUUGGAGGUGAACGACACUCUGGGUAUCAGUGAAACCACAAUUCCAUCCGAAUCGUCCAUUCUUGCUGCGAAGGCGAAACGCGAUCGGUUGCGCAGUGUCAAACAUCCGGACGAAGACUUCAUUUCAUUAUCCCUUACUGGACAAGGCGGUGAGUAUCAAGGGCCGCAUCCAGAAAGUCGCUUAGUGCGCGAGGAAGAUGAACUCGGAGAAGGUGAUGAUGAAUUUGCGGACUUUACGAGCGCACAGGAACGGAUCGCCCUUGGAAAGAAGUCCAAGAAAGCCGAAGCGAGCAAGCGCAGAGAUGAGAUGAAAGAAUUGAUUGAAGACGCGGAGGAAGUAGAUGACGAGAUGGAGGAGUGGGAACAAGCACAGCUUCGUAGAGGAGGGAUGAAGGCUGAAGACGAGACUGCCCUAGCUCCUAUGAAACAGGUAUACAAGGCAGCUCCAAUACCGCCGCUGACACCAAUCCCUACGCUGGAUUCUGCGGUCGCUCGUCUCACUCAAGCUAUGACUUCUUUAACACAGUCUCAUGGUCAAAACACCAGUACGAUGACAGCCUUAUCAGCCGAACGCGAUCUGCUCAACGAACGCGAGAACGAGAUGCGACAGCUGAUCACAAAAGCUGAGCUGAAGAGAAGUUGGUUCGCAGCUUUCAGGGAUUGGAUAGAAACAGUGGCCACAUUCCUCGAGGAGAAGUUCCCUCAACUGGAGAGGCUCGAGGAAGAACAAGUAUCACUAUUCAAAGAAAGAUACGACAUGGUCAGCGGACGACGGCAUGCAGACGAUCUAGACGAUCUAUCUUCGUUCUUAGGAUCUCCACCCGUCGACCCGCAUACAGAAGCAGAAGAACUGGACGAAUUGGGACGUGUAGUGCCACGGUCUAAUCCUACGGCCGCUCGGCGUGAUCGUCAAUAUGCCCGUGCCACCCGUCGGUCUCGACGUCGGGGGUCUGGCAGGCGCUUUACUACUGAGUCCGAAGACGGAUAUUCCACCGAUGCAAGCUUGCCUCCAUCUGACGCUGCCGAUUACCAGUUGGCGCUCGAGAAACUAUCACAAAAAUGCAACGAUGUGUUAUCAGAUGUGCGGGCGGGCGACUUCAAGGAUCCCAAUCUUGGCCUCAGUAAAUGGUUUGGUGAAUGGCGGGAGCAGUUUAGGGACAUAUAUUCUGGUGCGUGGGGUGGGUUGGCCCUAGUUGGCGCCUGGGAGUUUUGGGCGAGACUAGAAUUAAUUGGAUGGAUCCCUUUCGAGAGUACACAUAGCUUGGACAGCUUUGCGUGGUAUAAAGCUUUAUACGAGUAUGCCCGACCGCAGCUUCGCAACACUUUCGAGGGCGACGAUAAGGCUGAGCUGGGUCCCGAUGGAGACCUUGUGUCUGCCAUGAUAUCAACCGUCGUCAUUCCCAGGCUAAGUAUGAUCAUUCAAGGCGGAGGCAUGGAUCCCUACUCUGCGAAAGAUGUUCGCCGAGCCGUGGACUUGGCCGAGGAGAUAGAACUGUCCGUGGAAAAGAACCACAUCAAAUUCCAGGUUUUGCUCAAGGCUGUGUGUGCAUGUUUUCAACGCGCUGUAACCGAGUGGGAGGCCUUGACGCAACAAUAUCUGGCUCAGAACAAUGCGUCUUUCGAUCCAGAGGCUAUCCCAGCGCGCCGGCGAGUUCUAUCGCGUCAGCGGAAAUUGUUAACCGGCCUUCUCACGUGGAGGAAGUACACUGGAGAGCGAUUCGGUCUAGGGAUAUCGGCAGAGAGACUUGUACGCGACUGUAUGCUGCCUCUCGCUGAGACUGGUUGGGAGGUCGGUGGUGAGAACAUCAUGCGGACAGUUGGAUCGAUGUUGCCCAAGGAGCUGGUUCCUUCUCCGCUGAAAACUCGACUGCGUCUGAUCUAAUGCGGUGAUGUCUACUUUGCAUAACAACCAGUUUGAAAGAUUCAUAUGAAGAACAUGUGCAAGAGGGCACGGCAGUGGCAAUACCACCUUUUUCCUUCAAUGAAACCCGAGAGCAUUCAGCAGCGCACAUUGUGCUCAGUGCUCAGAGACAUCGACGCUGCUAGGUGCUUGUCACUUAGCUCCUCGCCCUUGCCUUUUUAAUCUCUCGGGGAGAAUAUCAUUUGAAGCUAAACUGACCCGCGCAUUGUCCUUGGGACGAAUUAUAUGUGUGUUGCGAGGCUCGUUCCGCUGUCUGACAUAUCUGUUCUCGUUCCAGGAAGUCUUAUUAAACUCAAUGAAUCACUGUAGUCCUUGUGGCAAUAUUACUCUCGAUCUCUUUGUU